GAGGUGCAGCCCGGUCCCCCUUUUCCCCUAGCCUUCUGUUUGGCUCCCUCAGACCCUGACUCAUUUCUUCUCUCUCCCCCUCCAACGCGAAAACGACAGCUUACCCAAACUCCAUUUUCCCUUAGGCCUUACUCUCUCUUCUCUCUCCUAGGAUCCGUUUCACUCAAACGGAACUUCUCCUAGGAUCCAUCUCAACUCGAACAAAAUUCACAAACGAUUCUAUCAAAUUCCCCCAGAUUUACAAAAAUAGUGUCGUUCUUUUGAAUCCUCUUCAAAAAUCCCCUAAAAAUGGCGCCAGUUUCAGCUCUUGCUAAAUACAAGCUCGUAUUUUUAGGGGAUCAAUCCGUUGGUAAAACCAGUAUCAUCACUCGUUUCAUGUAUGACAAGUUUGAUAACACUUAUCAGGCUACAAUUGGUAUUGAUUUUCUAUCAAAGACCAUGUAUCUUGAAGAUCGUACUGUACGUCUACAGUUGUGGGAUACUGCUGGGCAAGAGAGAUUCAGGAGUCUUAUACCAAGUUACAUAAGGGAUUCAUCUGUUGCAGUCAUUGUAUAUGAUGUUGCAAGUCGACAAUCUUUCCUUAAUACAGCAAAGUGGAUCGAAGAAGUCCGCACUGAGAGGGGUAGUGAUGUCAUAAUAGUCCUUGUUGGAAACAAAACUGAUCUUGUGGAUAAAAGGCAAGUCUCCAUAGAGGAAGGAGAAGCUAAAGCUCGUGAUCUUAAUGUCAUGUUCAUUGAAACCAGUGCAAAAGCUGGGUUCAACAUAAAGGCAUUGUUCCGGAAAAUUGCUGCUGCAUUGCCUGGAAUGGAGACACUCUCUUCAACAAAGCAAGAGGACAUGGUUGAUGUAAGUCUGAAGUCGACAUCAAGUGCACCCCAGUCGCAGCCUCAGGGCAGUGGAUGUGCUUGCUGACCCUGCCUUAUCUUGCUCCAUGGAAGUCACAUUCUCCUUAAUUGUGUACCCUUUUUGUACUUUCGGCCUCUGAAUCUAGAAAGAUUUUGCUCCCUUUCUCUGAAGUAAUUAUAGUCAUAAAUAUUGUGCUUUUCUUGCUAGAGUUGAAAAAAGAUUGUUCUUUGAGAAUUUAAGGGACUAAAGUAUGUAGAAAUUCAUCAGCUUUUUAUGUUAUUAUUUGUCUGAACUCCAAAGGCAGAUGUGAAUAUGACUUGUCAGUUGUCAUCACAA